AUGUCCGCCCCAACUGCCGGAACCACUUCGGCACUUCCCACCCCCCCAAUGGACCGCGUCACUGUCCUCGAGCAGGACCGCUCCCUGCUGAGCCUCAUGACCAUCAUCCGCGACGUGCACACCGACGACCGCGCCUUCGUCUCCGCCGUGGAGAAAGUCGUGCAUCGUCUGAUCUCUUCCGCGCUGAACCAUGUCCCCGCGGAGGAGUAUACCGUCACCACACCGCUGGAUACUACGUACAAGGGCCUCCGGUUCACGAAGGGGGUCUGUGGCGUGAGCAUCCUGCGCGCCGGCGCGAGCAUGGAGCAGGUUUUGCGGGAUACGUGGACCGGGCGUCUGAGCUUCGGAAAGCUCCUGAUCCAGCGCGACGAGGAGACGAGUAUCGCCAAGAGUUAUUACUCGAAGUUGCCGGCGGGGAUUCGCGAUGAUGUGGUCUUGCUUCUCGAGCCGAUGCUCGCGACCGGAGGCUCGGUCAUCAAGGCGGUGGAGACGCUGACCGAGCAUGGCGUGCCGGAGGAGUCGAUCGUGUUGGUCAAUGUCGUCUCCUCGAAGAAGGGGCUCGAGGUGGUCACGGGCCGGUUCCCCGCGUUGAAGAUCGUGUCGGCCGCGGUGGAUGCGGAUCUGACGGCGCAGAACUACAUUAGCCCUGGUUUGGGUGACUUCGGGGACAGAUACUAUGGUACGUGCUGA